AUGUCUGAUUCGGAGUCACUGCGCGAGCUCGAGGAUGAGAUGGACGACUAUCUCGUCCAGUACCGUGAGCAGCGGAUGGAGGAACUUGCGAAGGAGGUGCGACAUGCAAAGAACGCCCAGGACGCGUACCAGGAAAUCACAGACGAAGGAGAACUCAUGCGCAAGACCACCGGGACCCGCAACGUUGUGAUCUUUUUCCACAACCCAGAGUUCCAGACGUGCAAACUGGUGGACCAGGCGUUGCGCGAGCUGGCCUCGAAGUACUACGACACGCACUUCUACAAGAUCGAGGCGCUCAAUGCUCCGUUUUUGGCAGUCAAGCUCCAGAUCAAGGUGUUACCGUGUGUGCUCACAUACAAGGACGGCGUCGAGACAGGACGCGUGGUAGGACUACAAGGGCUGAUCCAGGGAACAGACCUGGCUAGUUUCAAGACGCAGAGCUUGGAAAACCUGUUGUUGAGACGGGGAGUUCUAAAACACCGGGUUAGCGACAUGAAAUAUUGA